CCGCGGUUUCCAAGCGACGGCCGAACGCGGGCGCCGGAAGCGGCUGACGGACCGGACUGGGCUCCACGGCUGGCGGGACGGAGCAGGGCGGCCGGAUGGAGGACGACGACGAAGAGGUCACCGCCGCCACGCUGCGGGGCAAGCCCCGGCCGGUGCCCAUCUCGGCGCUGUCCGCCUUCAGCUACGUCCCGCCGCGGCGCCAGGACCCCAAGGAGCACAGCUACUACUACCGCCAGGGCAGGGCAGGAGUCAUUUCCCUCUAUGACUGUGUUUUGAAGAGGAACCCAGGUUAUAAUCAGAAACUGCACCGGGAUGACAGAGAACAUGCAAAAAGCCUGGGACUUCACGUGAACGAGGAGGAGCGCGAGAGGCCGGUGGGCGUGCUGACGUCUUCCGUCUAUGGGUGGCGCAUCCAUCAGCCGGUGGAGCCUCCGAACCGGGACCACCGCCGCGCCGGCCACUUGAAGGCCGACUUCUACCGGAAGAACGACAUCCCCAGCCUCAAGGAGCCCGGCUUCGGGCACGUGUCUCCAGCCUGACGCCCACCUGGGGCCUGAAGGGCGCACUUGCGAGGUGGCACAGGCAGGGGCAUGACCAGCCUGGCCAGAGGCCUGUGAUUCUUAGGAUGACUGCCUCUGCGAUGGGUUGUCAUGGGAACCGAUGUCAGACACAGUGAUGCUGGGCGUCCAUCCCUUGUGAGCAUUGAAUAAAGUGAAAACUUUGUCCCCCUUGA